CACACACUCGCGCGCGCACCAGUAGUCAGUCCAGCACCGGAGCGUUUAACUACUUCACUCCAUUUCAGACUUUACGCACCGAGUGCUCGCGUUUAAAGUUGUAUAAAGGUUUUGUAGCGUUUGGAGCAGCUUUGUUGAAAAUGUAAUCUGAGCGUUAGGACCUUUAACUCGCCUUUUCCCCCCCGACUCCUUUUUGGGACGCGAUGGAAAAAGCUGUCCGAGGAUCGGUGUUUGUUCGCUGCAGCUCCUGAGCGCGGGAUGAACGGGGUGCGGGCGGAGGACGCGGACGGUAGCGGCGGCGCGCAGGAGCGCUACGGCAGUGUGGCGUAUGACACGGCGCUCAGCACGCUGCUGGCUGUGGCCGUGUACGUGGUGGUGAAGGGGAGCGUGGACGGGCUGCGACAGUGGCGCGCGCGCAUCUCACUGCUGGUUGUGGGCUCCGGCCCGGUGGGACUGACGGCGGCGCUGGUCGCUGUCCGCAGCGGGAAGGUCCUGAAGCUCACCGUGCUGGACGAGCGCACACGCAGCGCGCUGCUCUGCCGGCCGCAGCAGAUUGCCCUGGACCCCCGCAGCGUGCGCUUUCUGCUCAGUCUCGGCGUGGACUUCGACAACAUGGAGGGCUGCUGGCACAACGAACACUUCUUUACGCGGAUCGGUGUGUUUCAGGAGUACCUGCUCAGCGUGCUGGAGCAAAAGAAGCAGAAAGUCGACGUCAGAGUUCACUUGGGCACGAAGUUCACAGAUGAAUAUCUGAGGAGGAUCCCCAGUGGUGAAUGGCCUCGGGUUAUUGUAGUGGCCGAUGGCUCCUGUGGCGACUCCUGCUCUGUAUUGGGAAUCAGUUCGGAGUACAUCGUAGAGUCCUGUCAUGCAUAUGGAGCUAAUGCCACGAUAGAGAGACUGGACCAAAGACAGGUCCCCACACCAGAGAUCAGGGCUCAUAACCUGUACUUUGACCUGUCAGCAUACGGCAUUGACGCUGUUAAAGAACCUCGCAACUCAUCAACCUCAUCCAAGCCUGGUUUUCACCUCAAGAUCUAUGGAACAUAUCGGAACCGAUACAUGGCCCUCGCCUGCACGUCUGCAGACUCAAAAAUGCUGCGUUUCCUGCGUCACACGGCCAACUCCUCAAUAAUGAAGAACAUCUUUCACCAAUCCUUUAACGCUUAUAAGACAGAUAUUGAGCCCCGGGUGAGUGAGCUGACUCUGCACCGGAUGCAGUGCAGCCGCAGGCUUUUCGAGAUCAUGCUGUCUCACCGACGCAUCAGUGCAGCCUACAUUGAGGGUGACAAUGUGGCUGUCACCGUGGAGGGGGAGGCAGCCCGCAUGCUAAACUUUGAUACAGGUUGCGGGGUGAACCUUGGCAUGAGGGGCUUGGAGUCUUUGGGACUGUUUAUCUACAGAACUGCCACUGCUCAGGAUCAGAACGAUGUGUUUGAAGCUCUUUCAGCCAAAAUCCAGCACUCCAAACAUGUGGCCGAGAGCUUCAGACAAACUGGAUUGGCUGCAACGAUGUUUGAAUGAAUGGAUGUGUGAGAUGUGCGAGAGUUAGAUGCCGGGGAAACAGUGUUGUCUCUAAAAGCUUAUCAAUGUCAUGGUUUAAGUGAAGUGUAUUGUCAUGCUUUCGUUGUAAUAAGAAUUGAUGUAAGCGCUCAAAGGGAACCAAAGUUUGUGUAAAAGCUUUAGCUCUGUGAAGACUGAAGUGAAAAUUUCCUUGCAUUCAACAAUAAGUGUGUUGUGUGGAACAGAAAAAUAUCUGUGGUAUUAAAGUGGAGGAUAAUGUGAUCUAAAACUUAAUAUUAAGUUUUAAACUUAAGUUCACACACACAGUACUUGACUGUAUUUAGUACUAGGUACCACAUCUUCUCAAAUUGACCUUAUGAAUGUGUUUAUUCUUUUUUUUUAAUCACCAUGCUGUUGAUUGCACUGAUGCUUGUAAUUUCAAAGCUUGACGUUUUCAGAUCUACACCAUUUCAGCUCUGCUUUCUGCUUUCUAUCAUGAUCACUCAGGCCAAAAAUUAAUCACAUGAAUUGGAUCAUAAAUCAAUCAGUAACUGAAUUUCUGUUGGCUUGAUAUUGUACAGAAGUGCCUGGCAGAUAGUUAAGAAACCACAAAUGGAUACAUUUCCAUUGUUUAGAAUAUUUUGUAUGUAUAAAUUGGAUCGUAUA